GUGUACAGUAGUAUUUCCGGAGGCCUAAGUCUACACGCAUCGAUUGGUGUGGUGCGAGACGUAGUGUGUUUUCCUUUUUUUAUUUUUCGUUUAGAAAGUAGAUUGAUUAAGGGUUGUGGAAGUUAAUUAGGACAACUUAUUUCUUGAAUCUAUACAUUCGUUUUUGGUUUCGUUCUAUUCGGUAUUAGCUUGAACUGGUUAUGGGUAGGAGCAGGAGCCGGUCUCCCAAGCGCGAACGCAGGCGAUCGCGUUCUACAUCGAGGGACAGGGAGAGGAGGCGGCGUGAACGUGAGCGGUCAAGGUCACGAGACAGAGACAGGAGGCGUAGUAGAUCCCGUUCUCCAAAUAAGAGAAGGCGGUCAAGGUCGCCACCUCCAAAAAGUAGAGAUAGACGAGAUGACAGAAGAGAUUAUAGAUCAAGAGAUCGCCAACCUGUAGAUUCUGAACCAGAAGAAGAAAAGACAGAAGAAGAGCUGGAAAUGAUGAAGAUAAUGGGAUUUUCUGCUUUUGAUUCCACAAAGGGAAAGCGUCUUGAGGGUAAUGUCAAUGCAUUUGCUGUAAAUAUCUCACAGAAACGAAAAUACAGGUCACCAGGACGCCACAGGUCCAGGUCUUCCUCUGUUUCCCCCUCAAGACGGCGACACAGGUCCAGGUCUUCCUCUGUUUCCCCCUUAAGACGGCGACACAGGUCUUCCUCUGUUUCGCCUCCAAAACGGCGGCACAGGUCCUCUUCUGUUUCCCCAUCAAGACGCAGACGCAGAUCCACUUCUGUUUCACCUCCAAGAUACAGAGAUAGACGUGAUGACAGGAGGGAACGUAAACGUUCCAGAUGAAAAGCCAGGCAUUCAGGCAGUACAUGAACAGAAAAGGGGGAUUCAACAGACCUCUGGAUUUCAUAGCUUGAAUUCUUCAUUUCUACAACGCCAUGCCGGUGGAGUACAGUUGACACUGUACAGUUUUCUCCACUAGUUUUGAAUUUUUCUUUUGUGUACAACUCUGUGCUCCUGUAGCAUUCCCAAGCUGUAAGAAGGCUAGAAGUUGAACAGAACUUUUGCAAACACAAGUAUGGGUCCCUUGAACAUGAUUGCUGCAGUAGACUUCGGAUAAGAUAACCAGGCAGGCAUUUGGGAUCCAGAAAUGUUACAGCAUCAGUUAUAUUGAUGUUCCUGUGUACUUUUAUUUUGAGUAGGGUAUUUUAACUGGGAUGCCUAAAAAAUGUCCAGCACAAGUGUUGAGGUUUGCAACAAAGCCUUGUACUAGUUUCUUGUGCACAUCUGUUGUACUUGGACGUGUUCUGUUGUGGUUUGUGUAUGAGUUGAUCGUUCUCCACCUUGUAUUCAGAGUGAGUUGAAAAUGGGGGUUAAGUUGCAACAAUUAUUAGACUUCUGUAAUGUCCUGUUUUCUAACAGUGUGGAGAUCCUGACUGGCUGAUUUUUGAAAGCACUUGUCCCCCCUCUGGUGCCAUUUACUGUUGAUCAGUGGUGUGACAUGCUCAGUAUUGCCUACACUGUCAUGCAGUGACCACUUCGGUUGAGACAGGUUCAACUUUGUUUCAGGGUACACGAUUUUCUUUAUAAUUGUGUGGCGGGGGCAGGUAAUUGUCCAUGAUUAAAUUCUUUCAGUAUGGAAGGGCUUGUUUUGGUGUUUGGUAACAUCUGCAUAGUAAAAUACUUGUUUAACUGGAGGUUUUGAAAUGUAGACAUGACUUGCGUGAAUGUAUAAAUAAGUUCGCAUUAAGAUGAAGAAAUAUGUUGCGUGGUCAUGGGCAUUUUUCACUGGCUACUUUUUUAAUGCAGCAUAAACAGUGGUGUCACUGUUUAGCCUAUCCUUUACAUAUCCUGUAAGUAAGACUUCCCCACUCGCUCAGUGUUUUUUUUUACUGUUAUGCAGAUGCUUGAUGGCCAGAAAUUUCUUCUGGUGUUUUUUGCCUUUGUUAAAAUAUUUCUUGUACUCUUAUGUAUGUUGAGUAAUCCUGUGGCUCCCAUCUGCUUCUGCCUGAUACGGAAAUAUUUCUCUAGUAAAUGUUUUCUUGUUUUAAACCUUAA